AUGGUGUUCAAUAAUUGUCGUAUGAUUUUGAGUCACCUAGCAUGGCCUUUUGAGCUGUCCAAAGCUGGUCGAAGUGGUCGUGUGCUAUUGUGCGCCUAUUUGAAAACCGCUCGUAUCGUGGAAGUUUACCCAGGAACGGAUGCCAUAACCCGGGUCGCUGAUGUCAAGUUGGCCAACGGCACCGUUCUACGUCGUCCCGUGGUCAAGCUAUGCCCUUUGCCACUAUCCAAUUGA